CAUACUCUCUUUUAUCACAAUCCUCCAUCAUCUCAUCAUCAAUCCAAAGCUAGGGGAAAUUCAAUCAUCAGUAUGGCAAUCAAAGCGCGAUUUCCACUUUUGGUACUGCUAGGAAUUGUUUUCCUAGCCUCAGUUUGUGCGAAAUCUGAUAAAGAGAAUCCUUUUUUCUUUAAGUCUAACAACUGUCAAACUCUUUUCGAGAACGAAAACGGUCACGUUCGUCUUCUCCAAAGGUUCGACAAACGUUCUCAAUUAUUUGAGAACCUCCAAAACUAUCGUCUUAUGGAAUAUAACUCAAAACCUCACACCCUCUUUCUUCCACAACACAAUGACGCCGACUUCAUCCUUGUAGUCCUACGUGGAAGGGCUAUACUGACGGUAUUGAACCCCAACGACAGAAACACCUUCAAACUUGAGCGAGGAGAUACAAUCAAACUCCCUGCUGGCACCAUUGCUUAUUUGGCUAACAGAGAUGAUAAUGAAGAUCUUAGAGUAUUAGAUCUCGCCAUCCCAGUUAAUAGACCUGGUCAAUUUCAGUCGUUCUCAUUGUCUGGAAAUGAAAACCAACAAUCGUACUUCCAAGGUUUCAGCAAGAAAAUUCUAGAGGCUUCCUUCAAUAGCGAUUACGAAGAGAUAGAGAGGGUUCUUUUAGAAGAGCAGGAGCAAAAGCCAGAACAAAGAAGAGGCCAUAAGGGUAGGCAGCAGAGCCAGGAAACAGAUGUGAUAGUAAAAAUAUCAAGGGAACAAAUUGAAGAACUAAGCAAAAAUGCCAAAUCUAACUGUAAAAAAAGUGUAUCUUCUGAGUCUGAGCCAUUCAACUUGAGAAGCCGCAGCCCUAUCUAUUCCAACAGGUUUGGAAACUUCUUUGAGAUCACCCCAGAGAAAAAUCCUCAACUCAAAGACUUAGAUAUAUUUGUCAACUCUGUGGAGAUCAAGGAGGGAUCACUUUUGCUACCACACUUCAAUUCAAGAGCCACAGUGAUACUAGUUGUUAAUGAAGGAAAAGGAGAGGUUGAACUUGUGGGAUUAAGAAAUGAGAAUGAACAAGAGAAUAAAAAAGAAGACGAAGAAGAAGAAGAAGAUAGAAAUGUACAAGUACAAAGGUUUCAAUCAAAGUUAUCUUCUGGCGAUGUUGUUGUAAUUCCUGCUAGCCAUCCUUUUUCCAUAAAUGCUUCCUCAGAUCUCUUUUUACUUGGAUUCGGUAUUAAUGCUCAAAACAACCAGAGAAACUUCCUUGCAGGUGAGGAGGACAAUGUGAUAAGUCAGAUACAAAGACCAGUGAAGGAAGUUGCAUUCCCCGGAUCUGCUGAAGAGGUUGAUAGACUUCUUAAGAAUCAGAGACAAUCUCAUUUCGCAAAUGCUCAACCUCAACAAAAAAGGAAAGGAAGUCAGAGAAUAAGAAGUCCAUUUUAAGAAGGGAUCGAGUAUGAUAUAUAUUAUGUGUAUAUGCUAUAAAGAGCUUUAGCUCACAGUGAGCAAAAAAUAAAAAGGCAUUCUCUUGUAACUACGUACCUUUCUACUAUGAAUAAUGUAAAACAAGAAUAAAUUUUUGUUUCUACUCUUUAGCUACUAUGAAUAAAGUAAAGGAAGAAUAAAUUUUUUGUCUA